AAUCCAAACGCGAAGUGAAUGAUACGCGUCUGCGAUUGGAUAAACGGCACACGCUUAUUAACAUAUUCAUAAGAGCGUGGGGCGUGUGCUCCGUUUUCAGCAAUAUAUCUGUUUAGAUGUACAGGAUCCUUAGUGGAAAAGAAAGGAAUGAUGACUGCAACUGGAACAGCAGCGUCUAACAGGAGGCAAACUAAAGACAGCAACAAAACAGAGGGAGCUGGAAAACAAAACCUGGGGCAAUGGGGCAGGGCCUGGGAAGUGGACUGGUUCUCACUCAUCAGCGUGAUUCUGCUCCUCUCUCUGGCUCCCUUCAUCGUCUUCUUCUUCAUUAUGGCCUGUGACCAAUACCAGUGUUCGGUCACCCAGCCUCUGCUGGACCUCUACAGUGGAGAGGCUAAGCUUUGGUCAAUUUGGAAACUCACCCCUGCUUUCAGUUGGACCGCUGCCAAGAUAUAUGCUGUUUGGGUCUCCUUUCAGGUUGUCCUGUUCAUGUGUGUUCCUGACAUUAUUCACAAGUUACUGCCUGUCUACGUUGGUGGCAUUCAGGGUGGGGCGCGCACUCCAGCAGGUUACAUAAACAAGUAUGAAAUCAAUGGCCUGCAGUCAUGGAUCAUUACCCACAUCCUGUGGUUUGCUAAUGCCUAUCAUUUUCAUUGGUUUUCCCCUACCAUCAUUAUUGACAACUGGAUCCCAUUGCUUUGGUGUGCCAAUAUUCUGGGGUAUACUGUUGCUACUCUGGCUUUUGUCAAGGCCUAUCUCUUUCCCACCAAUGCGGAAGAUUGCAAAUUCACAGGAAAUUUCUUUUAUGACUACAUGAUGGGAAUUGAAUUUAACCCCCGCAUCGGAAAAUGGUUUGACUUCAAGCUAUUUUUCAAUGGGCGGCCUGGGAUUGUGGCCUGGACACUCAUUAACUUAUCUUACGCUGCCAAACAGCAGGAACUCUAUGGCCAAGUCACAAACUCCAUGGUAUUAGUCAACGUGCUCCAGGCAGUUUAUGUCUUGGACUUUUUCUGGAAUGAGGCCUGGUAUUUAAAGACCAUUGACAUCUGUCACGACCACUUCGGCUGGUAUCUGGGUUGGGGAGACUGUGUGUGGCUGCCCUUCUUGUACACCUUGCAGGGCCUGUAUUUGGUAUACCACCCAGUGCAGUUGUCCACCAUCUAUGCCAGUGGGGUCCUCCUCCUGGGGCUGUUUGGCUACUACUUGUUCCGCACGACCAACCAUCAGAAGGAUCUCUUUCGGCGUACUGAUGGCAAAUGCACCAUCUGGGGCCGCAAGCCGGCAUACGUAGAGUGCGCCUACAGCUCAGCAGAUGGUCACAAGCACCACAGCAAGCUGCUGAUCUCUGGCUUCUGGGGCGUGGCACGCCACCUCAAUUAUACAGGUGACCUCCUGGGCUCGUUGGCUUACUGCCUGGCCUGUGGGGCCAGCUACCUACUGCCCUACUUUUACAUAGUUUACAUGACCAUCCUGUUAGUGCACCGGUGUAUUCGUGAUGAACACCGUUGUCACAACAAGUAUGGCAAGGACUGGAUACGAUACAGCAAUGCUGUGCCUUACAGACUACUGCCUGGGAUUUUUUAAGUUUAUUCAAGAGAAGAAAUUUAAAAUGUACGUCUCUCUGUAGGUUUAUGUAAAGGUCUGUUUAUAUGAAUGGGUGUGAAUGUGUCACAUUAUCAAUGUGUACUUUUAUGUAGUGUUGGGGAAGGAUGAUUUUUUUAAAAACUGAAAUAAAGUGAUUGGCUAAAAUCUGAAUAUCUUUUUAGAGACAAAGUUUAUUUUAUUUUUUAUGUUAUAAGAACAUAAGAACUAUACAAACGAGAGGAGGCCAUUCGGCCCAUCGAGUUCGCUUGGGGAGAACUUAACUAAUAGCUCAGAGUUGUUAAAAUCUUAUCUAGCUCUGAUUUAAAGGAACCCAAGGAUUCAGCUUGCACAAUGUUAUCAGGAAGACUUGUACACACUUUUUAGCAAUAAAACCAAUGGUUCUUCACAUUUAUACUAAUGCCAGCUUUGGAAAAUUCAGAGUAAGUCAUUCAGUGGUUGUAAUUGUAUAAAUCCUUAAUAUAAAUGAAUAUUUUACUCACGGCUUGCUCCAUUCUAUGCUACAUAAUCCUAAAAUAUCUACGAAUGAGGUGACACGGUGUUGGGAGAUUUGAAUUCUACCCUGUAUGUGUGGAGUUUGCAUGAUCUCCGUGUGUCACGUGGAAUUCCUCCAUCCUCCACAUGGUCCAGUUUCUCCUCACAGUCAAGAAACAUUCAGUUAGGCUCACUGGCCCUGCUAAUUUACCCCAUAGCAAAUGGUUGUGUUUGUUAGUGCAAAUGUGCCCUGCGAUGGACUGCCAUCCCAUCCAGGGUGACUCACCGCCUGUGCCCUGCGGGUGUACUCAAAUAUGUCAUUCAAUAAAACCUUCAGAUUUGUGUGCAUUCCUCUUGAAUAUAACAAAUGUAUUCAAAAGGAAAUUAAUCAGCCCAUUAAAAGUUGCAUAAUGAAA